AUGGACCACCGCACCCUCGUCUUCUCCUCCGUCUUCCCCGUACUCUCGCUCUCCCACACAACACCCACACCAGUCGCAACGCCCGACCUCGGCGUCACCGUCCCCAGCGCCGCAUUCGGCAGCCCCUACAUACCGCGCCAGGCAGAGCUGCACGACAGCAGCACACACCGCCAGGUCAAGCGCACGAUCGCAUGGAGCUGCGCUACACGAUUCUUGAGUCUGGAUAAGGUCGUACCUGCCGUGCCGCGGAUACUGCACCGCACACGCGAAGUCGAGGAUGCGCUCAUCUACUUGCUGGUGGGGGAGGGCAGGGUUGGCGAGGAUGCGAGGGACGGCGAGGAGGCGCUGUGCGAGUGGUAUACGAAUGAAUGCCGUCUGCACUUUGCGAGCAAUGUCCGGCCGGAACUGGAUGCGCUCUGGAGGGACGAGGUGAAGAUUGCACGGGCUUGGGAUGUGCUGGGGGAGACUCAGCGGGUGCUCAAGCAGGUGCAGAAUGUGUACCUCGAGCCGUUCAAUGAGCAUGUUCUUCCGUUUCUGGGGAGUGCGGCGACGACACGAUCGACGAGGCCAGGCAGGAGAGACGAGGAUGAGGCGGAGCGUGCCGAGUGGAAGUUUAGGAGGGAUGUGCAUGCGCUGUUUGCGCAUUGUGUUGCUCCGCGCAGGUUCUCGAAGACAUUGGGCUAUGUCUUGCAUGACGCGGGGUGCAGACUGUUCCGCAUAUAUACACGGCAAGAUGGUGUUCAGCCGAGCGCUUUACCGGAGAAUACGACAGAGGUUCGACAGCAGAUGACGACGCUUCUUCAAGGGCUUGAGCGCGUUGGGCUGGGUGGUGAGAGCGCGCAAAAGGCGUUUGCGCAUGCCAUGCAUAAGCUGCUUGACUCGUUCAUUAACAGCCACUACAUGAAGGUUGACUGGUACGACAGGAAGUCGGUCGUGCCGCAUCUUAAAGAAUGGGUCAAAGACGGCUUCUGUCCACUCGUCGAGCUGGUACUGGAAUGUCUGCGUUGCGAACAGAGCAGCGUUCUGCCUACCGAAGUCACAGCGUGUCAAGAGAUGGCACUGGGCAGGCUGGGACGGGUGCGAGUUGACAACCUCUUUGACUUCGUCAUCCACUGGGACAAGAGCUUAGGUGCUAUCCUGGACAUCAAGGAAUACCUUAGAGUCACCGGCGCAAAACAACACGUCACAUCCAGCUUCUCGCAGCAGGUCUCGAGGCGCUUACUGCACCCGGGUGUGACGACCACCUACAUCCUGAACGUCUACAUCUUCAUCAUCCGCUCUUUUCAUGAAUUGGAGCCAAAGGGUGUGCUGCUGGAGAGGGUCGCUCGACCGAUCCGCAGAUAUCUGAAGGAGCGGGAAGACACGGGACGGAUCAUUAUAUCGAGCCUGCUCACCGAUCUCAAUGAUGAGACGGGCAGCAAGUUCUCCUCCAACGGCGAGCUGUCCUAUGAGAUUGCCAGCGAAAUGGCGAAGCCUCUCACAAACCUUGGUCAAGACGCAGACGAGGAGCUGAACUGGAACGAUAUGAACUGGCAGCCUCUGCCACAAGAUGCAUCGCCCGAGUACAAGAAGUCGAAGGUAGAGGACGUCAUCUGGUUCUUGCUGACGCUAUGGGAGCGCGACGACUUCAUCAAUGAAUUGAAGAACAUCCUUGGUGAUCAUCUCCUGCGCUGCACAGAUCCCGAGUACGAGAAGGAGAUCCGGCUCCUCGAGCUCAUCAAGAUGCGUCUAGGCGACAGCAACCUCCAAGCCGCCGAAGUCAUGCUCCGCGACGUCCUAGACUCCAAACGCAUCAACGCCUCCAUCCGCGCCGCCACAGCCUCACAAGCACAGCAAGCCUUCUCCACUCCCGAGCAACGCCCUCGAGGCCCCCGAACGCCAAACACCAGAUACCCACGUACGCCCCAACCGCGGCGCGGCGCGCAAGCCGGCUCACUCGGACCCUCAGCAGCUGCCGCAGCACCUGGCCCAACUCUUAACGCGCAAAUCCUGUCCUCCUUCUUCUGGCCUUUACUACGAGACGACGGCUUCCGCGUCCCCGCUCCGAUCUCCACGCUCCAAGAAACAUACGGCACGGCCUUUACCCGCAUAAAAGGCAUGCGCAAACUUCGCUGGAUGAACGCGCUGGGCUCGGGAUCCAUCACACUCGACUUCGCAGACCGCACCGAGCAGUUCGAUAGCCUGACCCCCUGGCAGGUCAGCGUUGUGCACGCGUUCCAGCCCCAGCCGGGCGAAGAGCACAUCGCGGCUAAGGUGGGGAGGAACGGCGAGGGGAUCGCGAGGAACGUAAGCCAGCUCGAGGAGAUGCUAGACAUGGACGAGGCGCUUGUCAGGCAGACGGUUGCGUUCUGGGUCGGCAGGAGCGUGCUCCGCGAGACUGGCCCGGAUACCUAUGCCGUCAUCGAAACCCUCCCCAAGUCGGACUCCAAGACCAAGGCGGAUGAGCUUGCUGCAGCGGCGGCUGCUGAGUUGGCGGCCGUGGAAGCCGCGCAGGCGACCGCGGUCCGCAGCCAGCAGGAUUUGUUCAACGAGAAUAGGGAUGUGUAUGAGACGUUUAUCACGAGUAUGUUGACGGCGCAGGGGAGUGUGCCGGUCGGCAGGAUACUCAUGAUGAUGCGGAUGAUGAUGGCAGGCGGAUUUCCGUUUGGCGAGGAGGAAAUCGCAGGGCUGCUGAGCGAGAUGGAGGGCGAGGGCAAGGUCAUCACUGUCGGCGGAGAUAUCUGGGGGAUGAGGCGAUGA